AGCAAGCUGAUUGUAGGCAAAGGAAAACUGUGACUCCUAAUCGCCCUACUGCUUUCAACGAGGUGCCUCAGCCCUUAGGUUUCUAUCUUCCUGUAAGCUGAACCACAGCUCCUGGGCUCAGAGAUGGGUGCUGACCAGCCAGCAGAAGCUUUUGUGGGCAUGCUCGGUACAACACACCGCCUGCAGGAGGGUGAGAUGGGUAAAAAGCUCCAAGGACAAUGUUUCAGAAUCGUCUCUGUUGAGUCUCCUGUUAAGCUUUACUGCUGCUAUGGAGUGAUCACUGUCCUCACUGUAGCUGUUUUUGCACUUUCUGUUGCUUUGUCAGUGAGAAGAUCAGAACAGACCCCAGACAAAUAUACCUAUGCUUUUUGCCCGAGAAACUGGAUUGGAUUUGGUAGUAAAUGUUUUUAUUUUUCUGAAAACACAAAUGACUGGACAUUCAGCCAGAACUUCUGCAAAGAACAAGAGGCCCAUCUAGCUCAAUUUGACAGCGAUGAGGAGCUGGAAUUCCUGAAGAGAUACAAAGGGGCUUUUGACUACUGGAUUGGCCUGCGCAGAGAGUCACCAGAACACCCUUGGAUGUGGACAGACAACACUCAAUAUAACAGCUCGUAUGUUUUCAUACCACUUUUCCUUCUUACGUAUUUGGUUGUGAGCCUAGCCUUUAAUGGCUGAGCUAUCCCUCCUUCCUGUUAUGAUCAUUUGUUGGGAAGUGUGUGAGUUAUGUCUCUAGAAGAAUGGCUGUGUCGUGUAAACAUGACUGUCCAGCCUCAGAGGGACACUGCACUGGCCAUCAUUUUUAAAAGCUUCACGGUGUGAUUUCACUCAAAAUCUUUACUGGGAUGAUGGCAUCUGGGGUAGCUAUUGUCUUCUCCUUCACCAAUUUAAACUUUUUGCUGUUGAUAAAUGCCCUGUGUGGAAUGGAGACAAAUCUCAGGUGGGCAGCGAGGGCUCUGAAACUUCAGGAAGCCACUGCAGAAGUGCAAGACUCACAGUCCACUGUCUGCAGGGCUACUCCUGUUCACAGAAGCAGAGACUCCAAGAGCAUUGGAAACCUCCUCUAAAGUCUUGUAAUCAGAGAGCACCCAAGACAGUUCUUGGAUGGAGCAUGGCUGUUUUGAAUGGAGUCAUUGUACUGGAAUGUUUGAUCACAAGCCCCGUCUUGCCCAUCAAAGCUCUUUCAGCGAUUUACUAAGAAGAGGGUUUCCCAUAUGUAAAAUGCUCCAAAACAAAAUUGAAAAGUCACCCUCAGUGAGGCCACCAGGACUGUAGUCCAUUUGAACAUGGCAUCAAGCACCAGUCAAAUGCUUUGUACAUGCAUUACAGGGUUCAACAUGGAUGAAUGGCAAACAUAUGGUGUUCAAAUCAAACCCUGAGAAUGUAAAAGGCAGCAGGUGCAAAACAAAGGCAAAUGAUUCCUCAUGCACUCUGCCUUCCUUUGAUUCCUAUUACACACAAGCAGCGGAGACAGGCAAUGUUUCAUUGCUGGUGCGAAUGCAGUUCUGGGCUCUGCAGAUUGACUGUUUUUGGUUUAUUUUCAGGGUUCUCAUUGGAGGAGUGGAGGAAUAUGCCUACCUGAAUAACAAUGGGAUCAGCAGUGCCAGAGUCUAUGCAGACAGGAGGUGGAUCUGUAGCAAGCCCAGCAGCUAUGCUCUUCAGUGCCAAAUUCCUUUUUCUUCUUUCUAGCCUUUGCUAAGAAAUGCUUUGUAAUCUGCUAUCUACAGUUGCUACUCUGUCCCCUAUCUUCCUAUCAGAAGAAACUGUGAGUUCAAGGCCAGCUCAGUCUACAGUUCUAGGAUAGCCAAGACUACCCAGGGGGGGGGGGGGCUGGUAGAGAAAGAUAGAAAGAAAAAGAGACUCAGAAUGACAGGUGUGCAAUGCACACCUGUAACUCCAGCUGCUUCAGGGUUGGAAAGGGGGGGGUCACAGGCUCACAGUGGGAGACUGAAAGGAUGGGGAUAAUUUAAUAAUGACAGUUGACCAUUUGCACCAUCCCAUAAUUUGGGUUUCUCUGUAUCUUUGGCAGCUGUCCUUGAACUCACUCUUGUAGACUAGGCUGGUCUGGAACUCAGAGAUCCGCCUGCCUCUGCCUCCCGAGUGCUGAGAUUAAAGGCGUGCACCACUAAUGCCCAGUUACAUUCUUUUCAAAAUUCAUUCCAAUAUAAGAAAGAAUUGAAAUAAUAUUUAAAACUAAGAUUUACUUUAAACUCUGCAAUUUAAAACAUUAGUGACAUUGUCAAAAUGUUUCUCUAGAUUUCAAUUCUAUUGUUCUAAGUACAUCUUACAAACAAAUGUCAUGUUAGUUUCACCAUUUGAUUGGAUUUAUUUCACACCAUAUUGAAUGUUUCUGAAACAUUCAAUACUUAAUCUAUCAGUAGUAUGUAUACUAUUGAACCCUAAAAAUCAAAGUAUUUAAAAGCUUCACAGAGUAGCUAUACUGUACUGAUGAGUCCCAAAAAGGACGAAAUAGCAGGUUACAAAGCAUCCUUGGCCUCUUCAUCUCUCCCUCUCCCUCUUGUUCUGUUCAAAAAUACUUUUAUACCUA